AUGCAUGUUCGGUUGGUCCGAGAUAAGUUGUAUAAGCUUUUUCAUGAGUAUAUCGAGGACUUCAAAGCUAGAAAUGUUGCAUCAAGUUUAAGUGAAGAUCAAAAUGUUGCAUCUGCUAGUACAUCAAUUGGAAAUUCUAAGAAAAGAAGUGGAAGAGCAAGGUUUGAUUCCAUGAUUCAAAAUGUCAACUUUGCUUCUACCAUGAAAUCUGAGCUUGAUAUCUAUCUUGAGGAAGGUCUUUAUGUGCAUACUAAGGAGUUGAUGUUUGAUAUCAUUGGCUGGUGGAAAGAGCAGAGGAUAAGGUUCAAGAUUUUAUCGAGGAUGGCUUGCGAUAUUAUGGCAAUUCCUGUUACAUCGGUAGCUUCUGAAGCUACCUUUAGUGCUGGAGGAAGGGUGAUUGAUCCUCAACGUGCAUCCUUGGGAGAAAAGUCUGCUGAGGCUCUACUUUGCUCUCAUGAUUGGUUAAGAGCCCAUCAUGGCUUAAAAGGAAAUUCUGAGGCUAUGACGAAGAAAGAAGAUAUUAUCGAAAUUGACUUGGCCUAG